AUGAAGGAAGAGCAAAAUGAUGCAAAAGCUUCCAAGCACGAUGCCCCUACUCAGCAAGCUGCACCCACCCAGCACGCUGCACCCACCCAGCACGCUGCACCCACCCAGCACGCUGCACCCACCCAGCACGCUGCACCCACCCAGCACGCUGCACCCACCCAGCACACUGCACCUACCCAGCACGCUGCACCCACCCAGCACGCUGCCACCACCCAUGCUUCCACUGCCUCUCUACGUUCCCUCUUGGUUGGGAAGUUGCCUGACCAAAGAACCCUGACCAAGACCAUAAAAAGGAUGGUUUCCCCCAUCAAAACCACACCUUCUUUGGCCCAGGCACGUGCACGACCCUCUGCCACCCUCACCCAUCCAACUGUGUCCAUUGAGGGAGCCACAGGGCCCACAGCCACCCUCACCGACCCGACUGUGUCCAUUGAAGCCACCGCAGGGCCCUCAGCCACCCUAACCCAGCCCUCUGUGUCCACUGAGAUAGAUGACAGCACACUGCUGGCAGAGGCAACUAUGUUUGAGGAGGCACAUGUGGCAUCAAAACGAGUCUGUCUUCCAGCUGGAUGGAUACACACCCUGCCUGAAGUAGACCAAAGGUGGAUAUCCAAGGCCCUGUUCAGGUGGGCUGCACCAGGCCGUCCUGAGCUGAUCUAUAACAGGGUGGACAAACUUUGGUGGUAUCCUCCACCGGUACCACUGAAGACCAGUAGUGCUCCUUCCUUGGAGAAUUACUUUGGCCAUCCUCUGCUGCUCUGGAUGCCACGAAAGCUGUGGCAAUUGAAGCUGACCUGUCCACAUCCAGACUGUCAGAAAGACCUUCUGACCUCAGCUGGCCUGCAUCAAAAGAUCAGGGUCGUGAUUGCUUUAAAUAGUGUGUACUUUGUGGCAUCUGAGUACCUGGCCUGCCGAAGAUGUAAGAGAAAGGUCAUCAGCUGGAGCCAUGAUAUCGUCUCCCAACUCGACAUUGGCCACAGAGUGCAGUUCCCCUGCAUUCUAACCUCAAAACUUGCAUGUGACUUUCAGGUAGUAUGUUUGAUGCGUCAACGAGGCCUGGGAAACAGCAGCAGCCAGAUCCAGCGCAAGCUGCAGGAGCGUCAUGCUGAGGUCUGGUUGCAAAAAACAGUCCAAUAUCUUACAGAUUGCAAGGGGAUUGCCAGUGCUGUCACAUCAAGCCUGAUACUGCCUGUGACAUUUGAACCGCUUCCUCCAAUGCCUUCUGUCCCUAAGCACCGGUGGCUGAUGCAGGUCUAUGCCCAGGAUGUCCUGCAACGGCUGGAUGAGAUCAAGGCCGCUAUAACAUCACAAUAUGGUCGGAUCUUAAAAAUGGAUUCCACAAAAAAAGUAGCCAGAAAACUAGCAGGACCCAGCUAUGGCACCGCUGCCUGGGCAACCAAUGUUGGAAAUGAGCAUGGACAGGUGAUCAUGUCCGUGCUCACAGCAAGUGAGGGUUUUGGUCUUGGGCCAAUGAUUGAAGGCCUCAUUAGGAGAUACAGAGUGGCUGGGGUAGCUCCUCCCGAGGUACUGUAUGUGGACCGAGACUGCUGUGGCAACACUCUUCUGAGGAGGAUGUUUGAAGAGUGGGAGCAAAUGACCAUCCGGUUGGAUAUAUGGCACUUUAUGCGGAGAUUUUCUGUGGGUUGCACCACUGACUGUCACCCGUUAUAUGCCACAUUUAUGAGUCGCCUCAGCCACUGUAUUUUCAUGUGGGACCAGGACGACCUGACGGCCCUGAAGAUGGCAAAGUGUGCAGAGCUAGAAGCUGACUGGAGACCAUCAUCUGAAGCUGAUGUACUGCGCCGUAUCAGCCGUAGCGAGCUAGCCCUACAUUGCAGGAGAACCACUCGUGGGACCAAGGAGACCCUGACGAUGAUUGAGAGCCUCAUUCAGGCCUUUGAAGGAGAUGCUGGUCAUGACACUCUGGGAGUCCCUUUAAUAAACUCAGCCCGGAUGACUGAGAUCAUUAAGUCCCAGCGAAAGCAUGUGGCCUGCAUCCAGGAUCCUCAAGGUGUGCAGCUCUACAUGCAGACGGGCACUUUAAUGAAGAGAGGGCAUCGUCUGCCAACUUACCGCUGUGCCAGAGGUUCUACUUCGCUGGAGUCUUUUCAUCUGCACCUCAACAGAUUCAUCCCAGGCACGCUGGCAAGUGACACCUUUUUUCAGGCGUAUCUAUUGGAUGGACUUUCAAGGUGGAAUGAGGACCGGGCUGUGGCAGCAACAACUGAUGAGCAGCAGCCACAUUCCUAUAGUCAUCUUCUCCGUCAUGCUGCCAAUAUUCUUUCAGAGGAGGUCGUGGGCAUGAAAAUCAGCCCUUAUGUUGGGCCAAGAAAGUACACUGGUGAACUUAUCGGAGUAGAGUAUCUUUACCAGCAAACUGGUAAAGUUCUGCAGGACUACAGGUUGGCCAUUGAAGAGUCUGAGACCACUGAGGUUGCUAUAGAGGUGGAGGAAGCUUAUGAUGAACUUGAGGAGUUUCAAGACAUCACUGUCCCCACCUUUGACACAGAGCGGAUACCUUCUGCUGCUUCACAAGCAUCAGUGUCUGCAGCAUCAUCUUCAACCCCUCCGGCAACCAGACCCAAGUCAUCACUGUAUGUGUCACCAGUGAGAUCUCCUGUCACCAGCUCUACGUCAUCACUGUCUGUGGUCCCUCCAAUACCAGUCACAUCUUCUGUUUCCAGCUCACUGCACACUCAGCCAGCACUAUCUCCUGGCGCACAUAGCUCCCCAGGUAACCAAGGGUCCACAGAAACUGACCUUCCAACAUCUGAAGAGAAUCCUUCGCAUGAUGAUUGUGUUGGACCCGAUAAUAUUGAAGGUUAUGGAGCUGUGCAGGACUUGGCAGAGUAUUUGUUCAACCUUAGAGAACACCGUCUGGCCUUAACUGGAGAAGAGUCUGAUCAAAUCAUCAACCUAUGGCAGGCAUUGGGGGAGUUUGAUAAGAAAAAGACCACUUACUCGCCACGUCACCAAACCAACCUAAAACAGGGACGAUUCAGGGCCAGUAAGAAGAAUGUGGCACCAGGUAUCCGCAUCAGGUAA